CCCACCCCUGAUGAGUACUCAGGGUUGCUCCCGGCUCUCCUGCCCACCUCUAAUCCAUGCCGCACUCAUCUCGGUCCCUCCUGCUUUUCUUUCACCGCUGGUUUCACUGAACACAUCAGACAACGAGUUAAAAAUGUCCUGGACGUUUGCAACGCUCCUGACUCUCCUUGCAGUGCUGCUUGCACUGAACUUGUCUCCCGAGGCUGAAUCUGCAGCUGUGGGCAGCAACACAGGAAGUGUAAAAAGUCCAGCAGGUCCGCUGAGGGGGAUCUUCAUGAAAGAAACCGAUGCCUCCAGUUUCUUCAGAAAACGCAGCAAACGGGGCAUAAAAUCCCAGCAUGAGAUCAACGCUGAGCAAAUGCAAGUUUUGGCUGCAGACGAGCGAAGGAGGGAGUUUCAUGAGGACAAGAGGAGUAAGUUUGAGAGCUACGCUGAGGAGGAUAAUGAUGAGCAAAAUGAGAGAACAAGAGAGAGCACCGAGCAGUGGAGGGAGUUCCACCAUGAUGGGAUGAAUCCUCCCUAUGAGUACAACCGUCACACUGUCUGAGAACCGAACAGGAAGAGACCUCAACAGCUGCCAAACCUGGAGAAAUAAAGCUGCAGUAAAUAUGCUUUGCUCUCCUGAAAACAUGAAUUUUAUUAGUCUGAGGAUAUGAAACAAACGUCUUCUCCAGUUUUAAAUGCAGUUUUCCUUUUACAGUUCAAUUAUAUUCAUGUAGGGAUUGAUCAAACCAGAUCAGACCCAUGAUAUAGAUAUUUGUAUUGUCAAAUAUGCUAGAUAUCAAUCAGAUUGUUUAAUAAUGCCAGAAAGUAUUCAAAAGAGUAAAACCCAAAUUAAUUUGAAUUUAUAGUAUUUUUAACUGUGUUCAAAUUUGAUCUAUGACAGUAAAAUAAACCUAUCCAUAAAUAUCUUA